AUGUUUCGGGAGAGUUUUUUAGAACCACAAAUUAUACCGGUGAAUAAGGCGAAGCUACUCGAAAAAUUCACGAAAGAAGUUAGACGAUUGAGUCCACCAAAAAAAGGUUCCAUGUUUCGCGAAAGAGUACGUACUGCACUAGAUAUCAUGCAAACCAAGAGGCAUAAAUGUCGUGACCUACCGUUAAUGUGGAAUCAGUCGCAAGCAUUACUGCACAGUAGCAUUGUAGAGCCUGCUCAAGGACAGUGGUUGAUCUGCGGUAAGAACAAAGAGAAACAAACAAUGAUUACAACAUUUUUCCUACUUAUGAUAGAAGUAGCGUGA